AUGGGAGCAGAAGUAGUGGAACCUUGGAUAGAGCAGCUGCAGAGUGAAAGUGAAUAUCGCGAUAUCAUAUGUAAACUGUAUUGGAUAGAAAAUGACAAACUUUGGAUGACAAAUGCUGACGGCAGGGUUCAGGCAGUGGUACCCCAAGCAUAUAGACGGUGUAGUGCGUAUGCGGUCCCGGACAAAUCAGCCAAAACCAUAGCGCGCGUUUUUGUUGAGGAGUUGGUAGCCAAGGAGGCAAGCUGCCCGAAGGUCCUUAUUUCGGAUCGCGGUCGAGAGUUUGAGAAUGAAGUAUUCAAGGAAAUUGUCGACUUCCUUCAGCAUAAUCUCACAGUAGGGCAUAAUCCACGUCAAAACGGGCUGACAGAGAGGAUGAAUAAAACGCUGGUAGCUAUGUUAGCUCGAAGUACUCAAAAUCCAUCGGAAUGGGAUGCACGUCUCCCUUUUGUUCUUUAUGCAUAUAACACGGCACCUCAUGAUACAACAGGAGAGUCGCCCUAUUUCUUGCUUCAUGGUACAGACCCGAUACUGCCUUUUCGACCCGAAGCGGAAGAUAAUAUCCGAGAGUUAGUUAUCGAUAUUGAUCACUAUCGGGCUGAGUUGUUGCGAGGCUUACAAAAAAUUAGAGCACAAGCAUCGAGAAACUUGCGGAAAGCGCAAGCAUUAGCAAAGGAAUAUUACGACAAACGUAACAGAACGGUAGCUGGUGCUUUCAAGGUAGGCGAGCGAGUUUUAGUCUAUAUGCCGACAAAGAAAGGCAAAUUAUAUGCUGGGCCUUACCGUAUCAUCGAAUUAUCGGAAAAUAGCGCUCUAGUUCGGUUAAUUGGUAAAACGGAGCAACCUUUUCGAGUUCAAAUCGAUCAUCUUAAAAAGUCAACGGCGCCGCUUCACCGUCACGUCCAACGCCUCUAUCGUCUUGCCUCUCCACCGCUGGCAUUCUGUUGCACAGCUUGUGCGGUGCCCCAGUUCAUUGUCCUACGCGUCGUUCUGUUCGCCAUUUUGACGUGUCAUCUUAUUUGA